CUAUAAACAUCUCCCACAUCCCUCCGUUCCAUUUCAUCACAAGCAAAAAAAAAUCUUUCGCUUCCCAUUGCCGAGCCAAUUGCGCCCUUUUCUUUCUUUGUGGACCCCAAAACCUAGUUGUUCUUAGCGAUCCACUUGCAAGCAAUGGCGCGGACGAAGCAGACGGCGAGGAAGUCCACCGGCGGCAAGGCCCCUCGGAAGCAACUGGCGACGAAGGCCGCGAGGAAAUCGGCGCCGGCGACGGGCGGCGUGAAGAAGCCACAUAGGUUUCGCCCCGGGACGGUGGCAUUGCGGGAGAUCCGCAAGUACCAGAAGAGCACGGAGCUGUUGAUCCGGAAGUUGCCCUUCCAGCGGCUUGUCCGGGAGAUCGCCCAGGACUUCAAGACCGACCUCCGUUUCCAAAGCUCCGCGGUGGCGGCACUGCAGGAGGCGGCAGAGGCGUAUUUGGUGGGGCUCUUCGAAGACACCAACCUCUGUGCUAUCCACGCCAAGCGUGUCACGAUUAUGCCCAAAGACAUUCAGCUUGCACGCCGCAUUCGUGGGGAGCGCGCCCUUUUCUUAGCGAUAUUCUUACAGGCAAUGGCGCGGACGAAGCAGACGGCGAGGAAGUCCACCGGCGGCAAGGCCCCUCGGAAGCAGCUGGCGACGAAGGCCGCGAGGAAGUCGGCGCCGGCGACGGGCGGCGUGAAGAAGCCCCACCGUUUCCGCCCCGGUACGGUGGCUUUGCGGGAGAUCCGCAAGUAUCAGAAGAGCACGGAACUUCUCAUCCGGAAGCUGCCCUUCCAGCGCCUUGUCCGAGAGAUCGCCCAGGACUUCAAGACCGACCUCCGCUUCCAAAGCUCCGCCGUGGCGGCUCUGCAGGAGGCGGCGGAAGCCUAUUUGGUGGGACUCUUCGAAGACACCAACCUCUGCGCCAUCCACGCCAAGCGCGUCACGAUUAUGCCCAAAGACAUCCAGCUUGCACGCCGCAUCCGAGGCGAGCGCGCUUGAAGAGUUUGAGGUGGUUUCCUGGGGCUACGGUGUAGUGCAGAAGAGAAGGAAUGCAAUGGGUUAUCUGAUGGAAGGGGGUGGGCCGGAAUGCCUGAUGGUGUCAUGCGUAUAAAAGAAUGAUUUUAGGCUUUUUAAUGUCUCUUCUUUUUAGCUGGAUGUUAGGAUUUGAUGAUCCAGGCUUUUUGGAUGUUUAAUGACAGAUCUUGGCUGUUCUCUGGAAAAAGGAAAUGUUUUAAUUUUGUCUGGUUUUUCAAU